ACAUUAUAGGUUUAUCUAUAUAUUACAAGGGAGGAAACUAUAUCAUCUAGUCAAAAUAUAGAACAAAUUUAAACUUUUUUUUUUAUAUACCUGCAAAAAAUUUUGAGGCCAAUACCGGUAAAUAACGAGAACAGUUUGACAAUAUGGGUUCCGAAUGGUUUAGGAAUAUGUGUGGUGUACAACUGACUGAUAAACAAAUGGAAAACAUCCCACACACGAGAACAGAACUUGGAAUUCACAUAUCUACAAAGUUUGCACAGAUGUUUGGAAUUAUGGGAACUUGUAUCGUAGGACCUAUUGCAGGGGCAGUCAAUAAAGAUACUAGAAACUGGCCCGAUAUAAAAGAUAAAAUGACAACAAUGGGUACUGGUGGAGUUGCCUUAGGAUUCGUCGUGGGGCCCCUUCUUACUUAUUCCUUAAUGAAGAAUCAAGACGACUAUCGAGUGUGGGACAGGUGCUAUCGAAUACGUCAUAGCAGAAAUCAAGUUCGUGUAGAUCAAUUAUCUCUUUUAGGAUCCGCCUGUGGCUCAGGAGUAGCUGCAUAUACCGGAAAUGGUGCAGCAUUUGGUGGACUUGUUGGUAUGACUAGUGGAGUCAUAUUAGCCGCUCUCUACAACAGUGCGACGACAAAGAAGAACAAAAAGUAAAAAGUUGUCUCGUCAAUGAUAGUGUGCCAUUGAAUAUAUUUGUUAGAAAGUCAAUGAAUGGUUUAUUUUUUUUAUAUCGUUUGGUAUGAAUGUCACAGAAUGGAGGAUCUGUGGAUGUUGAUUCGGCGGCGCCGGCAUAAACUUU